GUCCUGCAAGGGCAUAGAACGGUCGGUUCCGAGAAGUCGAACCAUAUAAACGACCCUCUGGCAGCUUCGAGGGCUUCCUCUAUCAUCUCUGGUCCAUUCAAAUCCUCUUUGGACUGUGGUCGCAACAUUUGGGUACUACUGUCAACCGCACUCCAGUUGAUCCCACCGUCUCCACGAGCGCAGCAGUAAUGAUCGAGGAACAACAGCGACGACGACACUCCGAGCCAAGUCUCGUCCAAAACGGCACCGACGAGAGCCCAACGGCUUCCACGAUACUUUCCCCGCCACCGACGACGGCCAAUUCGAGCAGGAGUGACACCGCGAUCAACGUUGGCAGCGAUGAUAAUAUUAAUGGCUUUCGCGGCGGCUCCCCGGCUGCUUCGACUAGCUCGCGUGGAGGGAAAGCUUCCGCACCUUCGUCGUCGAAAUUGAAAUCUGUCCUCGUUGUAAUGACAAUGACGACCGCCAUGAUGAUAAAUAUUGCGAACAGUACUUCUGUCAGUAUCGCGCUUCCAACGAUCGGAAGGGAGCUCGGACUCCAUGAAGCCGAUUUGCAAUGGUUGGUUUCUGCAUACCCUCUGAGUUCGGGGUGUCUGCUGCUUGCUUUCGGUCGGCUCGCUGAUCUGUACGGUCGAAAGCUUACUUUCAUCUUGGGGUCUGCUUUCCUGACCGCGUUCACCCUGGCCUGUGCUUUCCCCUCUGAUAUCAUCGCUCUGAAUAUCCUACGUGGGGUCCAAGGCCUCGGCGCUGCCGCAACCAUACCCGCGUCCGUUGGUAUUCUUGCACACCAUUUCCCACCCGGCAAAGCUCGCAGCUGGGCCUUUGCUACAUUCUCCGCAGGUGCUCCUGUCGGUGGUAUCUUUGGCUCUGCAGUAGGGGGUGUGCUGACUGAGUUUACGGCCAAAACAUGGCGGUCAUCUUUCUACUUGAUGGCUGGAAUGACCUUCUUGUCCAUGGUCUGCGGGGUGUUCUGUAUCCGAAGCGAUACACCGCCUGUGGAUGUCGACAAGAGGAUCGACUGGCUAGGCGCACUGAUCAUCUCCGCUGGACUCGUUCUUAUCGUCUUCGUGCUCGGGCAGGGAGAGAUCGCGCCUAACAAAUGGGCCACACCGUACAUCAUCGCGCUCCUCAUCGUCGGCGUCAUCCUCGUGGCCGCCUUCCUAUACUGGCAACGUUACCUGGAGAAGGUCCAAAACGAUCCUAAUGCACCCUAUUCAGUGUGGACGCCACCGCCCCUAAUGAAGAUGUCGAUCUGGACGAGAGGCAAUGGUCGAUUCUCGGCCAUGAUGGCCAUUGCGUUUUUAGAGUGGUGUUGCUUCUUGGGCUGGUCUUUCUGGAUUCAGCUGUAUUACCAGAAUUAUGUUGGUCUUACGCCUUUGAAGACGGUGUUAAGGUUGCUGCCUAUGACGGUGUCUGGAAUCCUGUGCAAUAUCUUCAUUGGUAUUUUCGUCGCGCGCAUUCCGAUAGUUUAUUUGACUGUCAUUGGAACGGGGGCAACAGCCGUCGCAUGUCUGCUCUUCGCUAUAAUCGAACCCGAAGUGACGUUCUGGGCUUAUGGCUUCCCAGCAGCCGUACUUGUCGUCCUAGGCGCCGACUUUAUCUUCUCAGCUGGGACAAUCUAUGUGGCCAAGGUCGCCCAACUGGAUGAACAGAGCGUGGCUGGUGGCCUAUUCAAUACUAUGACGCAGCUUGGCACGGCUCUGGGCGUAACUGUCUCGACUGUGGUGUACAACUCCAUAUCGGCGAGGGCAGGGCCUGAUGCGGAUCCACUCCCCGCUUACCACGCCGCGCAAUGGGCGAACUUUGCUUUUGGUGUUAUUGGUGCGAUUCUGGCGUUCGUCUUCUUCCGUGGUGUGGGUGUGGUGGGUGAUCGUCAGAAGAAACCCGCGGUUGAGGAAGAGGGGGUGCGUGAGGAGGAGAAGCUGGGGGACGAGACUCCCAGGUUCGAGAGUGGUACUUCGACCCCUAUGGAGAAGGAACAGCGAGGGAUGGGCGGGCCUAAGGUUUUGGGUUCGGACUUGAAGUUGUCGUGA